AUGUCUCCUACGGCUCCAUCAAAAGUCUUGUUCAUCUUAGGCGGAGGCCCUCGCAUCGGCCAUGCCGUGGCCAAAAGGUUUCUGCAGGACGGCUACCGAAUCGCAGUUGGACGACGGAACCCCGGCGACGGGAACGACACAGCGGAAGCGGAAGCGCAAGGCGUUUUCCUCGUCAGUGUAGACGUGGCAAGCCGGCAGUCGGUCAAGGCUGCCUUCCACGCGGUCAAGUCCCAACUAGGGGUGCCGAAUGUGGUUGUUUACAAUGCCGCCGAUCUCACCUUCCCCUCUCAUAUGGAUGAUCCUUUCGCAAUCUCUCCUGCCGAGUUCGAGCACAACCUGGCGGUCAAUGCGACCGGGGCCUAUUCUGCUCUUCACCACGCCAGUCGUGGAUUUCUGCACCUGAAGAAAGCAUUUGGAGACUCGGAUGACGUCCACUGUGUUUUCAUCGCCACAGGGGAUGUCAGCCCGUUUCAUCCCGAUGCUGCGGCCACGACGCUGGGUCCGGGGAAGGCUGCACUCGCGUAUCUGAUCCAGGUGGGCAUGAAAGCCUACGAACAGGCAGGGAUCCGCUUCUAUUUUGCCUCACAGGUCACCGCCGAGGGCAAGGUCGUUCCCGAAUCUGAAGUCAGCGCCGUCGCUCAUGGAGAAGUGUAUGUGAACCUCGUCAACCGCGAUCUGGUUCGAGACGUCUGGCAUGUCAAAUUCUCGGCGAACAAGGAGGGCACAAAGGUGAAAGUCGAGUGGGAGUCGGAAUAA